GGGCAGUUUGGUAAAUUCAACUGAUACAGUAUUCUUCUCUUUGGUACAUGAUUUUGUUUGGUUUCUGUUUUAUUUGGCUUCUGGUGGCCAUUCAUUCGCUCAUUAUCAGCUGUGCUUGUUUUCUAAGCUUUUUCUUUUUCUAGGGCCCCUGAAGAUCGAAAGCUGAAACUUUAAAAAAAGAGAAAAAUCGCAGAUGAUUUCUCUGCUUUCUCAGAUAUGGAGUUCGAUUCCUUGACUAUCACAGCUCCGCAACAGCAACUGCAGCUGCUGCUCUCCAUGUGCUUCCCCUGGGGAUUGUUUCACCAGGUAAAAGCAUUCCAUUUUUUUCUGGUUCUAUCAAGUACCAUUUUUUGCCUUGCUACAUGUGGACCAUGCUUGAUGGAUGGGGUGCAGAAAUCCAAGGAGUAUGAUGGCUGUGGGGCCUGUGGAGAUGAUUGUGCUUUGGGUUUUCAAGAUAUUAUUGUUGCUGAUGCUAGAUCAGGCUAUGAUGCAGGAAGUCCAGUGACUCACUUGAGUAUCAAGAAUAUUUGUACCAAUUCUCAUUCAUUCUGCUUUCCUUCAACAUUGUCUGGUUUUCCAUCUAAAGAGCACAAGCUCAAAGCUGAAGCUUUAGAAGUUUCUGGGAGUCCAUCUGAUAGUCUGUCUUUUGUGGGACCAACUCAGGGUAGCAAGGGGGCUAGUAACAGGAGCUGGUUUUCAGAUUCUUGUAUGUUUGAGUUAUUAAAUGGGAAGACUGUUUCUUGUUCUUUAAAUUCCAAGGAGGGUGUCAAUCAAUUAUCAUCCAUACAAAAGAGUAGUGCUAAUCAAAAUGAUCUUUCUUCAUGUAGAGAUCCUUUACUAAUUAAGAAGAGCACAACUUUUAGGUUGAACACAAACUCAGAGGUGACAAAAUCUAGUCCACUUGACAUUUCUUCAUCACCCCAUGUAGGAAUUAGCCCUCCUGUACUUGAUUGGGGACAUAAACAUUUGUAUUUUCCCUCUGUAGCUUUCUUAACAGUAACUAAUAUAUGUAAUGACAGCAUUUUACAUGUUUAUGAGCCAUUUAGUACCAAUUUACAGUUUUAUCCCUGCAACUUUAGUGAGUUUUCUCUAGGACCUGGUGAAGUAGCUUCAGUUUGUUUUGUGUUUUUGCCAAGAUGGCUGGGCUUGUCCUCCGCUCAUUUGAUCUUGCAGACAAGCUCUGGUGGUUUCCUGGUCCAGGUCAAAGGCUUUGCUUUGGAGUCCCCUUACAGGAUUACUCCUGUUGUAAGCCUGGAUGUUGCUUCUAGUGGACGGUUGAUUAGGAAUUUGUCUUUGUUUAAUCCUUUCAAUGAAAACCUUUGUGUUAAGGAAAUAAGUGCAUGGAUUUUGGUUUCUCAAGGAAAUAUCUCCCAUCACACUGAAGCAUUCUGUAGUAUUGAAAAUUUUCAAGAUUCUGACAGGACGAGCCUGCUGAGUGUUAAGGAUUGGUUGGUUGUGAAGAGUGACCAAGUUGGUUUUCCAUUGAUGGCUAUGAGACCUCAUGAAAAUUGGGAUAUUGGUCCUCAUGACAGUGAAACUGUCAUAGAGAUAGACUUCUCAUUUGAAUCUGAAGCACAAAUUGUUGGUUCUUUUUGUAUUCAAUUGCUAAGAUCUUCUCAAGAUAAGUCUGAUACUGUUUUGGUUCCUCUUGAGAUUUACCUGGAUGGAAAAGUGGCAUGUAAUGAUAUUGCAAGUUCAGUUUCAGUUUCUCUUGAGGCUCUGGUAUCACGUGAUGCUAGUAACACUUUUGUUGCCAUCUCUUUGAGAAAUGAAGCUCCUCAUGUUUUGAGUUUUGUCAGGAUUAGUGAAGUUGCAGCAACAAAAGUUUUCCAGGUCAAGUACAUGCAAGGCUUGCUACUCUUCCCAGGCACUGUUACACAAGUUGCUACAAUUACUUGCACUCAGCUGCUUGUUGAAUUCCAUGAUUCCUCACCUGAAAUGUCCAAUAUUUAUAAGAACUGCAAAUUAGUUGUACAAACAAAUGACUCUAGUAGUCCUCAAAUUGAAAUUCCUUGCCAAAACAUAAUCAAUAUUUGUUUGAGACAUCAAAAGGGUUCAUCCAUUGGAUUUGACCAUCGAUCUGAAAAGGCUGACUCUAGCAACAGAAGGUCAGGACCAUUGGGCAUUAGCACGCAGUUGCCUUCAAGAAUCAUGGCAUUGGAGACUGUAGAAGCAGAUGAACUUGUUCUGGAGAACUGGAAAUCUCAUGGUACCAAAAGCAGCAUGUCUGUGCUUGAUGAUCAUGAAGUACUUUUCCCAAUGGUUCAGGUAGGAACUCAACAUUCUAAGUGGAUCACCGUAAAGAAUCCUAGUGAUCACCUGGUCGUAAUGCAGCUCCUCCUUAACUCAGGAGAAAUUAUUGAUGAAUGCAGGGGCACAGAUGGUUUUGUACAGCCCCUUUCAUCAAGUAGUUUGGUUCAUAAUGAGUUCAAUACAACUAGUUAUGGGUUCUCAAUGCCAGAGGGUGCACGAAGAGAGGCCUAUGUUCAUCCUUACGGAAAAGCAUCUUUUGGGCCAAUUUUCUUUCGUCCUUCAAAUAGAUGUCAGUGGAUAAGUUCUGCCCUGAUAAGGAACAAUCUUUCUGGUGUAGAGUGGUUAUCUUUGAAGGGAGUUGGAGGAUCACUUUCCCUUGUCCUGCUUGAGGGGUCUGAGCCUAUUCAGAGCAUAGAAUUUAACCUUAACUUGUCAUUUCCCCUAAAUAUUUCUCCUCCAGACCUGGUAUCUCACGUGGAAGAGACCACUUAUGCUUGUUCUCAGCCACUGUCAAAAGAGCUGUAUGCCAAAAACACAGGAGACUUGCCUCUUGAGGUGAAAAGCAUUCAAGUUUCUGGAACAGAGUGUGGGUUGGAUGGGUUUACGGUUCAUAAUUGUAAUGGUUUUUCGCUUAAACCAGGCGAGUCAACAAAACUUCUGAUAUCAUACCAGUCUGAUUUUUAUGCGGCAAUGUUACAAAGAGAUCUCAAACUGACCUUGAGUAAUGGAAUUUUUGUGAUACCCAUGAAGGCAAGUUUCCCUUUAUACACAUUCAAUCUUUGCAGGAAAUCAGUAUUCUGGAUGCGAUUGAAGAAAUUCUCUGCAGUGGUGUUUCUUUCUGCUUCUUUGAUGUUCCUGAUCUUUCGUUGCAUAUUUCCCCAAUUGACCAAUACUACAGUGAGAAGUUCAGGUAAGUCAGCUUGCUUGGAUCUUAAUCAGAAAACCAACAAGUCAUCUGUGCCUGCUGAAAUGGAUGGUUUGUUAAGAUCAGUUGCAGAAGGCAAAACCUCAAAGCAGGCGGCUGGUUAUAGAUAUCCUGAUAGUCAACGUGGAGGCCCAGACCAUGGGAUAACUGUUGAGAAUGGGAUGCCAACUCUUGAAAAUCACAAAGCAGUGCAAUCUUUGCUUUCAAAAUCUGUAGCAGUUGAGAAUUCUUAUGCUCUUGAAGCUUCCCAACCUUAUAACCUUACUGUCAGGAUUGGAAAAGAGAACGGAAGAAGGCGAAGGAAGAAAAGGGGUGUUGCUGCAGGUUUAACAGGACUGUUUGAAGUCUCAAGUAGUCAAAGUGGGAAUUCCACACCUUCAUCCCCUCUAUCUCCUGUAACAAAUGCGACUCCUAAGCGUACUUGGUCACCAUCUCCUGACAUGGACCCUAAUGAGGCAAGAAAUCCAUUUGUUCAAGUGGCUGAACAACAGGGUGAGCAGGUUCAAGUGGCUGAAUCUACUUCCAAGGCAUCUGUAUUGGAGCCCAAGGUUUCUUUAAAAUGGUGCAGUACUAAUUGCUUCUCUUCUAUUCCAGGGGAACUCUUAGUGCCAAGAAAAACUAAUGGCAAACCUGUUUCGUUGCCUUCUGCCACUUUUCCUUCUGGUGAUAGCGCUGUCCCCAAUCUGCUGUACUCUUCUUCUCCAGCUUCAAAAUCUACAAUUGCUCCUCAUGUUCGAGCUCCUGGGCCCAAACUUCAUAACCAGAAAAAAGUAGAAGAAAAGGUAGGGGACGAAUAUAGGUAUGAUAUCUGGGGUGACCAUUUUUCUGGACUCCAUUUAAUAAGUAGUUCAAAGGAUGUAACAACCAUGGAAACUGUAAAGACAGAAAACAAUUCCAAUAGCUUCUUUGUAAGGGGUCCACAGGCCCUUGUGACAAAUUCUGCACCAAAAUAUGUGAAUUGCGAUCAAGAAGAGGAGGAAUGAUAAUUUCACCAAAUAAUUUUAAAUA